AUGCUCCUCUCUGGAUUUGCAAACUCGGGCAGUCAAGGCCAGGGCUGGGCGAUGGUCAACCACCACCGCCAAGAACCCACCGAACACAUACCGAAACCGUUGGUGAUGACUGUUACGUCGGCCGCACCCGCGAGUUCGACCGGCACCGGCAAGAUGCCAGGCACGCAAGAUAUCGAAAACUCGCCUUCGGGUGAAGCGCCAUUUGGAACGGGCAAGAAGCAGACGACAAACCAUCGCCGACCAAUGUCCAUUCUGAGCUGUCCCAACUCAAUGACCUCGCCGACCUGCAUGCUGGCCAUUGCAUCCCCCGAUGAGACUACGGAUAUUCGGCCCAUUCCAUGCCACAAGCCUUCGACCGGAAGACGCACCGAGAAACGCGUCGUCAAGGUGAAUUUGCACGCCACUCCGGAUCAAUCGCGCUAUCCAUCGCCGUUCCGCGCCAGGUCGCGCAUUCCCCGAUCCCCAUUGUUUGUCGACAAGGAGAUUGAAGUGGAGCUGCCCGAUAUUCAGCCGACACCCACGAUUCAGACAACGUACUCCAGUGCGAGUCGACGUCGCCAUUCGUUCCCGUCAGCGUUCAAUUCGCCCGAGCUCAUGCACGCCAUCGGGGAGCCUCUGUUCCCACCUACAAGCGAGGAUGUGCGUGUGCAACAACAGCACGCUCGCGAGCGCACGCCCUUUGAGUUGUGGCAAAUGGAUUCAAUCAAGAUCCCGACGCCCGCAGUUCCCUCGGCCGAGGUGCGCAGAGCGCAACGGCUGCAGCGCAUCCACCGUCGCCUGCCAUUCUUCUCGCCGACAACUACUCCUGAGGGUGAUAAUGGCGGUGCGAUAGUGACACCCAUCAAGCCCGGUGCCCUUGGCCUUUCCUCUUCAAAAAUUCUGUCGACCGCAUCCAAGAAGGCCGUCCCGCUCCGCCAAUGGAUGGCCGCAAACCAGAAGCGUUACCAAGCAUCAAGCACCAUCAGCAUGUCAACCAUCACACCGACACUAGUGUCAGGCCGCCACGCCAAAGUCGCGCUGACUCCCUUGAGCAUGCUGGAUUUGGACAGCAUUGACUUUUUCUCGAGUGGGACACGCGCGGUCUGUCCGUUCGAUACGCCAUUGCCUGGCAUGGAGGAGGUUACACUUGCGGCGGCAAUCGGCCUGCCCGAAUCGGACGACGAAGCUGACGAUUAUGACGAGCCGCCAGCAACCCCGACGAUUCAGAUGCAACGCAAGUCGAUCUGCCAGACGGGCACCAUCUCCUUCUUGAACGAGACUGGGUUCUUUUCCGACCCAGACGACCAAAGUGUGGGUCUGCCCGAUAUCUCGGUCAUUAUGGGCACUCCGCUUUUGGAUUCCAUUUCUGCUGGCAUGGCAGCUUUGGAGUGCGCGCGUGAGACCGCCAGUCGAGUGGAUGCUGCAGCUGUGUCGGCCGUAGUUCCCACUGCAGCCGCAACAGACUCUCCCACUCAAGAGUCAGUCGGUGUUUCCUCCGCUGGUAGCGAAGCUGUGGUUUUGCCGGCUAGUCUCCAGCGCAUGGAGGCGCUCGAGCUUGAACGCCUCGAGAAGAAGGCUUCGAAAGCAGCGUGUGGUCGCUGCAUUGUGAUGUGAAUCGUGAAAUUUCUUGAACGCAUUGAAGCAAAUGGCUGAUGUAUGGGCGCCGAAGUGUUGAUUGUAUUUAACAGUGUUUAUUGGUAAUCAAAUUUUGAAAAAAAAAAAAAAAAAA